AUGCCCUACAACUGCUGCCUGCCCGCCCUGAGCUGCCGCACCAGCUGCUCCUCCCGGCCCUGCGUGCCUCCCAGCUGCCACGGCUGCACCCUGCCCGGGGCCUGCAACAUCCCUGCCAAUGUGGGCAGCUGCAACUGGUUCUGCGAGGGCUCCUUCAACAGCAGCGAGAAGGAGACCAUGCAGUUCCUGAACGACCGGCUGGCCAGCUACCUGGAGAAGGUGCGGCAGCUGGAGCGGGAGAACUGCGAGCUGGAGAGGCGCAUCCAGGAGCGCAACCAGCAGCAGGAGCCCUUGCUGUGCCCCAGCUACCAGUCCUACUUCCGCACCAUCGAGGAGCUGCAGCAGAAGAUCCUGUGCAACAAGGCUGAGAACGCCCGGCUGGUGGUGGAGGUGGACAACGCCAAGCUGGCCACCGACGACUUCAGGACCAAGUACGAGACCGAGCUGUCCCUGCGGCAUCUGGUGGAGUCGGACAUCAACGGCCUGCGCAGGAUCCUGGAUGAGCUGACCCUGUGCAGGGCCGACCUGGAGGCGCAGGUGGAGUCGCUGAAGGAGGAGCUGCUGUCGCUCAAGCAGAACCACGAGCAGGAAGUCAACACCCUGCGCUGCCAGCUCGGGGACCGCCUCAACAUAGAGGUGGACGCUGCGCCCUCCGUGGAUCUGAACCGCGUGCUCAACGAAGUCAGGAGCACUUACGAGGCCGUGGUGGAGACCAACCGCAGGGAGGUGGAGGAGUGGUACACCACACAGACCGAGGAGCUGAACAAGCAGGUGGUGUCGAGCUCAGAGCAGCUGCAGUCCUACCAGGCGGAGAUCAUCGAGCUGAGACGCACAGUCAAUGCCCUGGAGAUCGAGCUGCAGGCCCAGCACAACCUGAGAAACUCGCUGGAGAACACGCUGAACGAGAACGAGGCCCGCUACGGUUCACAGCUGUCACAGGUGCAGGGCCUGAUCGGCAGUGUGGAGGCGCAGCUGGCGGAGAUCCGGGCUGACCUGGAGCGGCAGAACCAGGAGUACCAGGUGCUGCUGGACGUGCGGGCGCGGCUGGAGUGCGAGAUCAACACGUACCGGGGCCUGCUGGAGAGCGAGGACUGCAGGCUGCCCUGCAACACCUGCACUACCAGCAAUGCCUGUGACAAGCUCACUGGGCCCUGUGUCGCCAACCCCUGCAUCACACGGCCUCGGUGUGGGCCUUGCGGCCCUUUUGGGCACUAGUGGCUCUGCUGCCAGGAGGGGGAUGAGGGCUUCAGUCGCAUCUCAGCUCCAUGCUGUGUCGCCAUUGUCCACUGUGACCAUAGCACCGGCUUGCAGGGGUCAGAGCCAGCCUUGCUCUGCGUCCCAUAGCUCCUUCUGAGAGCAUGAGACAUUGCAGUCUGUCUUCUGAGUCCCGCAGAGAAACCUGCAACAGGAUCAAGCCUAGGACGACACCUUUGUAUAACCUGUUUUGCUUUAACACAACUUCCUCGAUGUGAUUUGAAAACAAUUCUGUGAAGUACGGUACAGGUGAUGGGCGUGUGUGUGAAAUAGAACAUAGC